UUGAGUAGCUGACACGGAUCUGCGUUGUCAGUGGGCCCCUGCGUGCACGUCGUGCUGUCUCUAUCGGCUUUUCGUCGGUGAUGGAAAACACUCGCUGCUUUGCUAACCGUUUCUCCGACUACAAAGGUGCGCUGCGCCCGGGCCAGGGCGCCGAAGCUGCCGUGCCCGUCGUGGUCGCCAGCAUAGAUAAAAUCCUUAAAACUGUUCCCAUCGACCUCAGCGACUGUGACGGAGGGCUAUACGAUGGGCCGGCCGGGGUGGCUUACAUGCUGUAUCACGUCAGCGAGUGCCCGCUGUUCUCUGAGUACCGGGAUGUCUACCUGAAGACGGCCAAGCAGAUGAUCGACAUGUCGAUCAGAUCCGUGGAUGCGGAACCGGACAAAAACAUGCGUGCCGCCUUCCUGCUCGGCGGGGCGGGCAUCUACGCGGUGGCCGCUAUGAUCUACAAGUCCCUGGGCUUGGCUGAUUUCGUGAAGCCGCUGACUAAAUUCCGUAACCUGUGGGAGGUGUGCGCUCCCAUCCAUUUUCUGGAGUGCGGUUCGGAUGAGCUGUUUGUGGGGCGGGCUGGGUACCUGUGCGCCGCCCUGGUCCUCAAACAGAAGCUGGGCAUAGAGAUUCUGAGCAAAGAUCAAAUCAAAUCUAUUUGCCAGGCCAUCAUCGAGUCAGGAAAACAGUAUGCCAGGAAAAAGAGAAAGCCUUUCCCCCUCAUGUACUCGUACUAUGGAACAGAGUACCUCGGUGCAGCCCAUGGCCUUUCAUCAGUGCUGCAGAUGCUGCUGAGCUACCAAGACAUGCUCAGUGGGGCUGAAAAGGAUCUGGUGUGGCAGAGCGUUGAUUUCCUCAUGAACCAGGAGCAAAACUGUAACUGGCCUGCAGAGCUGGGAGCCAUCAUCGAAAGGGAGAACGAGUUGGUGCACUGGUGCCACGGAGCCCCGGGUGUGGCGUACCUUUUCGCAAAAGCCUAUCUGAUCAAUAAGAAGCCACAGUACUUGGAUACAUGCAUUAGAAGUGGAGAACUCGUAUGGCAGAAAGGUCUGCUGAAGAAAGGUCCUGGGAUUUGUCACGGAGUUGCUGGCAGCGCAUAUGUCUUCCUCCUGCUUUAUCGGCUCACAGGCAACUCCAAAUACAUCUACCGUGCUCAGAGGUUUGCAGAGUUCCUCUUCACUGAGGAAUUCAAGGCAGGCUCUCGCUCAGUUACCAGCAUCUACAGUCUGUUCGAAGGCCUGUCGGGGACCGUUUGUUUCCUGGUCGACCUCCUGCAGCCAGACCAGUCAGAGUUCCCUCUGUUCAGUGUCUUUGUGUGAAUGGACUGAAAGGUUACUGCUCUUCACUGACCUGAACAGACCCUGCCCCUUUCCCAGUGAAAUCGCUAAACAACUUAUAGAAACUUUAGAGUCAGGAUUGAUACUGUGAUCAGAACGGGAGUGGAGGGAUGAAUGGUUUUUGUUUGGGCUUUAGAUCAAUAUCACACAGAGGAAAGUUGCUGUAGAAAAAUGGUCUUUUUUCUGUUUGAAUGUUGAGCUUUGAGGCUUUAUCCGAUGCAUGGCACUCACAAAAACAUUGCCCAUUGUUGUCACUAGUGAUGGAGGUCUAUAUGAGAUGUCCGUUGGGCGUAUACAUCAAUAAAUCUGCUUGGGGUCAAAUAACAAAAAACAAAGAUGCUUCUUGUAACUCCAGAUUCGUCUGAGAAUCAUCAAGUUUGCUUCUGUAUCGUAAAAGUAAUGCAGUGAUAGUCGUAAGUGCAUCCAUGGGUACAGUGCAAUAUUUUUAAUGGUGUAAACAAAUGUAGGCUAAAAACAACGCGGCCACAACUAACUCACUGACUCCGCUAACACUAAGCUGUAAUUCUUGUUUACAUCACCCAAAGCGCCCGAAUUGUUCCGUCUGUGUUGUCGUCUGCUUUAUCAGGGUCACACUAAGAAAAGAGCCCAGCACUAAAGUACAGAGAUGAGAAACUGAGAUAUUCUUCCAAGAUGCUGCUCUCAGGUCAGAAACACACAAGCAACUUACACAUAAAGGUAAAAGGCAAUCACACCCCAGUCACACACACAAAAAAGCUAAAAACAGAAAAACAAGUGUCACAUAAAUGCCUUUAAAAUUUUUCUACCAGUUCACCAGCUCAGCGUCACAUAUCGCAGACCUUUGAGUUCAUGUGUUUAGGGUACGUAAUCGCAAACUAUAAAGAUCAUCAAAGCUGGGUGGGGAGGUACAGAAGGGAUGUAACUGGUGUUUAUCGACAACGUAAAAGUAACACUUUGUUUCCGCUGUGCUGUUCUCACCCAUUGAAGCUGAGGUUACGCCUUGUACCAGUGUGACAGCCAUUUGUGUCUAUUAAUAUUUCAAAACCAUGUUAGUUACUGUGUGGGUACUUUCAAAGUGAUCAAUAUGUUGUGAUUUGUUUCAACUUUUACCCUGUAGAUAAAAAAAACAGUAAGUUAGUCUGUACCUUUGUGAUGGAGACGGAGGAGAAAAGAACAAAGUGUGCUGCCGAUGUGAGAAUUUUACUUUCGUCCAACUCAGUCCGUUUCAUGUGGUGUCUCUUUGUGUUCUUUAGUUAAAUGCGCAAAGAGGCCUUAAAAACAAAUUUCUAACUUUCAGAUAUGAUAUCACAUCUCUCGGAGUAUAAGAAGGCAGAGAAUACAGGAAACUGAAGAUGCUUUGGGAAGCUUUUAUGAACAUGUGGCUCAUGUUGAUUAAAAAAAAACUGCCUGUGAAUAACAGCAAACCAAAGCAGUUUCCCAACGUUAACUGAGCCGGUUGUGAAUUAUUUACAAGCUGUACAUGUGUGCUGCUGUUUUUCAUUUGCAAUCCAAGCUGUUUAAAACAAUACCUGCUACUGGAUUAUUGAUACCAAUAAAGUGUCCAG